UGUUCCAUAGCAAAAUACAAGCAUGGCCCCAGGACUGGAGAUUGGUUCUGAGCAGAAAAACCAGCAGAUUCAGCAGCAGGAAGAUGAAGCUCCUCAAUCUUUCACCUCCAAUGCUUACUCUUCUAUCAAUAGAAAAGAGACGGUUGCUAUUAUUGGUAGUGGUAACUGGGGUAGUGUAGCUGCAAAACUCAUUGCUUCCAACACAAUCAAGCUUAAUGGAUUUCAUGAUGAAGUUCGGAUGUGGGUGUUUGAGGAGAUUUUGCCUUGUGGAAACAAGCUUACACAUCUUAUCAAUCAAAAAAAUGAGAAUGUGAAGUAUCUGCCCAAUAUAAAGCUUGGUCCGAAUGUGGUAGCAGAUCCAGAUCUUGAGAAUGCAGUUAAGGAUGCAACCAUGCUUGUAUUUGUGACACCUCAUCAGUUCAUGGAAGGAAUUUGCAAGAGGCUCAAUGGAAAAGUCAGAUCAGAUGCCAAGGCUAUUUCUCUCAUUAAGGGCAUGGAGGUUAAAAUGGAAGGACCCUGCAUGAUAUCCAACUUGAUAACUGAACAACUUGGUAUUGACUGUUCUGUUCUCAUGGGUGCCAACAUUGCUAAUGAGGUGGCAGUGGAGAAGUUCAGUGAAGCAACUGUAGGAUAUAGAGAGGAUAAGAGGAUUGCAGACAAAUGGGUUCAAAUAUUCACUACACCUUACUUCCUAGUCUCUUCGGUGAGAGAUGUGGAGGGAGUAGAACUUUGUGGCACAUUGAAGAAUGUGGUCGCUAUAGCAGCAGGUCUUGUGGAUGGCUUGGAUAUGGGUAACAACACAAAAGCAGCAAUUAUGCGUAUUGGGCUCAGAGAAAUGAGAGCAUUUUCAAAAUUGCUGUUUCCAACUGUUCAUGACAAUACUUUCUUCGAGAGUUGUGGAGUGGCAGAUCUUAUCACCACUUGUCUUGGAGGUAGGAAUAGGAGAGUUGCAGAAGCUUUUGCAAAGAACAAAGGCAAAAGAUCAUUCGAUGAGCUGGAAGCAGAAUUACUACAAGGUCAGAAACUUCAGGGAGUUCUGACUGCCAGGGAAGUUUAUGAGGUGCUGAGCCACAGAGGGUGGCAAGAACUGUUUCCUCUGUUCACUACUGUGCAUGAAAUCUGCAUUGGGCAUCUUCAACCCUCUGCCAUUGUGGAGUACAGUGAACAUACUCCCAAGUUUUCACUAGUUGAAGGAUCUGCUCAGUACUACUGAUUUACACUCCACUGCUUUCUGAAAUGUGUAGCUUGUACAUGUGA